CUGUGAAGAAGAAAAACACAUUCUCAUUGUAACACAUAAAACAUCAGCUAGAAGUGAACGAUACAGGAUUGAAUAUGAAAGAGGAGUUCUGUAUGUGAGCAUCUCAGCGCUGACCCGGUCCGACUCAGGACGGUACCGAUGUGGAUUGUGGACAUAUUCAUCCAGAUAUUUAUACCAGGACUUUGAACUGGUUGUUGUUGAAGGUGAGUCUGAAAGCUGCUAAAAUCCCAGAGAAAAUGUGGAACUGGAUCACCAGACUUAGACUGGUUCAACUGGGCAACUGCCAUGUGACACUGGGAUUAAUGUGAUCAGAUUAUUAUGAUGAGGUCAGAAAGUAACUGAUGAUUAUUUUAACAGCUCUGCUGGAUGGAAGCAAAGAUCAUCACCUCUAUAAAGAAGCUGGCAGCUCACUGACAGUCGCCUGUUUCUUUGGUUCUGAUGGGAGAAAACAUCAGUUCUGCAGAGGAGAAUGUAGAAAACAAGUUCUUAUUGAGACUGAUGGAGACAGAGCUAAAACAGGCAGAUACAGCAUUGAAUAUGUAGGAGGAUUUCUGUCUGUGAGCAUCUCAGCGCUGGCCCAGUCUGACUCAGGACGGUACCGAUGUAACCUGGACGUGGCGUACGACUUUGAUCCACACAGAGACUUUUAUCUGACCGUUACAGAUGCAGUCCAACCGAUAACAACAACAACUACAGCAACAACAACUACAGCAACAACAACUACAGCAACAACACUACAGCAACAACAACCAGGAGUUUCAGCUCCAGUGCAUCGAGUUUCACCUCUUCAGGUUCCUCUGCAGCCACCAACCGUUCAGCUCUGGCUGAUGGCGAUAAAUCACCUCCAGGUCCAACCGCUCUCCCUGCUGGACAUGCAGAGAUUUUACUCUGUUUGCACAGAAAUGCUCAGUUUGAUGCUAAUUUAUGUUUUUAGGAUUUGUUUGUUUGGAUCCCCAUAACAACGGCUUUUCUUCCUGGGGUUAAAACAUUAAAACAUUAAUUACAAAAACAGUUACAUAUGCAUAUUAGAAACAUAACACAUAAUUCAUAAAUACACAAUGAUCACACUUUACAUAAUAAUGAAGUUACAUCAGAAACAUGAAACCUUUUUGGAUGUUUGGGAUCAAUAUUUGUCCAGCUGGGCUCUGAAACCCACAUCAACACUAAUAACCCAACAAAACGUCCUGUUUGCAGACGUUCUGCUGAUCGUGGGUCUGGCCUUCAUCUUCAUCAUCAUCAUGUUGACUGCGGCUCUCUGGGUUUUCUGCAGAAACAGAUCACAGAACCCUGAAGCAUUUCAGUUCCCUCAAGUUGAGGAGGAGGGAGAACCUGGUGAGCAAGCGAAGGUCCAGUUUGGUUCAUCUGUUUCCGUUCAACCAAGUUGCAGCUGGUCGAGGACGGAUGGAGGACUGUGGAGGUUCACUCCUGCUGUGAAAACAAGGAAAACUCCUGCUGUUGAGACUAACGAAGUUUAUGAAGAAAUCAGAGAAGAUGAGAUGAACUCUGUUCCUGUGAGAAUCUCUACGGUUUACAGCUGCGCCUCCUUCUGUAAACCAGCUGCAGCUGAUGGCGUCUACAGCCUGGCGAUGGCAGCUCUUCCUCUGGACACGGCUGAAGAUGAUUUGACUAGACCAACCUAUACCCAGGUGAACUUCCUCAACAGAAGCUCGGAGAAUCAGCUGAGACCUUCUAACGACCUGGUUUACUCGGUUCCUCGGGUGGCUGUUGGCAGCCAUGUUGGAGGAGAGUCUCUGUACUCCAACACGGCGUAGCGUCAGGACCGCAGAGAGAAACCGGCUUUAGUCUGUUCAAAGCUGAAACAGGCAGAUUCAUCCAUUUUAACUUCUUUUCGUCCAUUUAUUAUUGUUAUUAUAUUGAAUUUAAAUGUAACUCUUGAUCUUUCAAGUCGACUUUCUUUUUGAUUCAUUCAUAUCAGAAAACCUGGUGGUUUUGUCAGAGAUCGUCUUGCCUGAUGAAACAUCUCUGCUCUGUAAAAAUGUCUGUUAUUUCUCCUGGUUUUCUUUCAAACUUCUGCUUAAUAAAUUAUUUCUACAGUCAGCGAA